AUGACAUCCAGCACGGCAAUCAUGAAUUCUGUCAGCCUGGUGGAAAGUCUUGCGGGGGGGAAGGGAAUACUGCGCCACCUUGGUUGCUUCAUUGCAAGCACAUCUGACCGCGUCCUCCACCUCCCUGUGCCUGCGAUAGGUUGA